UUUAAUAUGAACAUGAACCUCUUUAGACUCCCAAGUGGGUCUGCGCGUGCCCGCGCGCCCUCAUGCGCGUCUUGAAUUCGUCUCUCUUUUUGGAGAAUCCCAGGAUCUGCUCUUGAUCCACUCCGGGCUUUCCCUCUCUCCGGCCGGCCACAUUAUCCGUAGCACUUUGCGUUUGUGUGUGAGAGAAGCCGACUCUUGUUUACAGCGCUGAGGAGCGGAGACCGACACCACGGGCUGCACACACCGAGAGGCGAACCGUGGGAUAUCUAUCAGCCUCUGGAUUUACGCUUAAAGGGAGUGUUUUAUUUUCACUCCUCACAGUUUUGGAUACACGCGUUUCCACUUGGACAUAUUGGUUCGUCUGGAUCUGGAGACCCGUUCUCUCUCUUGCGUGGCACAAGUCUGGUAUUUUUCUGUCAGACUCACACGCUCACACACACACACACACACACACACUGAAGUCUGAACCCAGCAGCUUGGAGAAUUCCUUCUUUCUUUUUUUUAAACAAUCCACUCGUGUCAGCUGGCUGCUGUGGAAUCGUCUGUCCUGGUCUGGAUGGCAAAAUAAGGCACUGAAGAUUUUUUUCAUUCAUUUUCCAGUCUCUCUCUCUCUGUGUAUCGGAGCCACCACCCCUGUGGAUCUGGACGUGUUUUCUGUCCCCCACUCCUUCACCUCCUCUCCCUCCUCUUCCUCCCCCCCAUACACAACCAUCCACGGCGGAUUCCUGCGAUCAACAGUGGCCUGAAUGCGUUUGCAUCACACGAAACAGCCUGAUCUGCGCUCUGUUAUUUAUCACUGGGGCCUGAUCGCACGCUGCUGUGUGUGUUUUUUUGUUUUUUUCCAAAGAGAUGGAGACUGAAGAUGGGGAUUACCGUCAUGUAUCCAGUCAAUUCACUGGCAUGUGUACCACACCGGCCCGAGAAUCCCAGUCCCCCUUAAUGGGCACAAACAGCACACUGUUUUAGUAGAGAAUAUACAUAUUAUUAUUUUUAUUAUUCCCAGUCAUAACAGGGAUUAUUUUUUCCCACACUCAUUUUUAGUUUGUUUUUUUCUCUAAUGCAGACCAAACAAACCCUGGUAGACAAACACACACGCAUCUGAAUGCUACCAUAGAGUAAGUAGCCUUUUAGGGCUACAUACACAUUUGUAUUUUUCUCUUUUUAGUUUUUUUAAAAGCUCGCGCGUGUGUGUGUGUGUGUGUGCAACGCUAUUGCUUUCUUUUUAUUUUGAAAAGAGAAUAAUGUUGAGGAACAUGAGAUCUGACUCACUGAUGGGUAGAGCGACCUUGUUUUGGAGUCUGAUGCUGUUUGUCUCCACUGCCUGCAUAUGGUCCACACAUGGAGAGAUUUGUAGUCCGGGUUUUGACAUCCGAAAUGAGAUCAGCGAGUUCAAGCGGCUUGAGAACUGUACGGUGGUGGAGGGCUACCUGCACAUCCUCCUCAUCAACGACAAGACCAACAACAUGCAGCAGGACUUGUUCCGCUCGCUCAGCUUCCCUAAACUCACCGUCAUCACGGACCACUUGCUGCUGUUCCGCGUCUCAGGCCUGGACAGUCUCAGCACGCUCUUCCCCAACCUCAGCGUCAUCCGUGGACGCAAUCUCUUCUACAACUACGCUCUUGUGAUCUACGAGAUGACCAGCCUGAAGGACAUCGGCCUGUACAACCUGAGGAACAUCACCCGAGGGGCCAUAAGGAUCGAAAAGAACCCGGAGCUCUGCUACUUGGACUCAGUGGACUGGUCCCUUAUAAUGGACGCCGGGUUCAACAACAUUAUCAAUGGGAAUAAGAAGGCAAAGGAGUGCGGCAAUGUCUGUCCAGGCAUCAUGCAGGAUAACCCUCUUUGUCAGAGGACGUCGUUCAAUGACAACUACGACUACCGCUGCUGGACCUCCAACCAGUGCCAGAAAGUAUGUCCAGCUCACUGUGCCCUGGCCUGCACAGACAAGGGCGAGUGUUGCCACAGCCAGUGUUUGGGCGGCUGCACUGAAGCCAACAGCGACACAGCCUGCGCCGCCUGCCUCCACUAUUUCCAUGAAGACCGCUGCGUCCUCGACUGUCCCGCGGGGACUUACAAGUUUGAGGGCUGGCGCUGCAUCACCAUGGAUCUGUGCUCGCAGGUGCACCUGCCCGGUGAAAACCACUUUGUCAUCCACAGGGGAGAGUGUAUGUUCGACUGCCCGUCUGGCUUCACACGCAACGACACUAAUCGUAUGUUCUGCAGUUCCUGCAAUGGACUGUGCGACAAGGUCUGCACGUCCCACGUCAUCGACUCUGUGGACGCUGCCCAGUCCCUGAGGGACUGCACGGUCAUCGAGGGCAAUCUGGACAUCAACAUUCGCCGUGGAAAUAACAUAGCGUCUGAGCUGGAGAGCUUCAUGGGACUGAUCCAGACAGUGACGGGUUACGUGAAAAUUCGACACUCCCACGCACUUGGCUCGCUCUCCUUCCUCAAGAGUCUGCGUUACAUCAAUGGGCAGGAACUCAUCGACAACGUGUAUUCGUUCUCCGCCAUCAACAACCAGCACUUGCAGUACCUGUGGGACUGGAGUCAGCACAACCUGACCAUACGCACCGGCCGCCUCUUCUUCCGUCUGAACCCCAAACUCUGCAUGUCUGACAUCCACACCAUGUGGGAGAAGACGGGAAUCAUUGUGCAGCCAGAGGAGGGCGAUUUCCGCAACAAUGGUGAAAGAGCCAGCUGUGAGAGUCACACGCUGAAGAUCAAGACGAAUGAGACGACGAGCCAUGCAAUCAAACUGUCAUGGGAGCGCUACCACCCCAACAACAGAGACCUGAUCAGCUUCAUCGUCUACUACAAGGAGUCGCCUUUCCAGAACAUCACAGAGUUUGACGGCCAGGAUGGCUGUGGCUCCAACAGCUGGCACAUGGUGGAUGUGGAUCUUCCUCAGGAUAAAAACAGUGACCCAGAAGUCAGUCUUCCUCACCUCAAGCCCUGGACACAGUAUGGUAUUUUUGUGAAGGCCGUGACGCUGCAGGUGGACGACAAAGACAGUACUGGGGCAAAGAGUGAUAUCAUCUACAUCCGCACACGUCCGUCUGUGCCAUCUGUGCCAAAAGAUGCCCGUGCAUUUGCCAACUCUUCAACUAAGCUGGUGGUGAAGUGGUCACCUCCGGUGUUUCCCAACGGCAAUCUGACCUACUACCUGGUCCGCUGGCAGCAACAGCCUGAGGACAGGGAGCUCUACCAACACAACUACUGCUCCAAAGAACUGAAGAUCCCGAUACGGAUCCCAGCGUCAGGACUCACGGACAUGGAGGACAUCACCAAACCCACCAAGUCAGACUUGGCCGGGGCGGAGAAGCGCCAAUGCUGUGCCUGCCAGAAGACGCCAGAGGAAAAGGAUCGGGAGAAGGACGAUCGCGUCUUUUUAAAGAUCUUUGAGAACUUUCUUCACAAUGCCAUCUUUCUGCCAAGACCUCCUGACCGCCGUCGCAGAGAUGUUUUUGGCGUCGCUAACAACACGCUGCAGCAGGACGGCACAGGGAACACCACCCUCAGCCCGGAUUACAACAGCACGGACGGAGUUCCGCCGGUCAAAGAAUACCCAUUCUCAGAAGACAAGACCACCGCAGAAUAUUUAGAGAUCGCGAACAUGCGGCCCUUCACGGUCUACCGCAUCGACAUCCACGCCUGCAACGAGGAGGUGGGCCGCUGCAGCGCUGGUGCGUUUGUCUUCUCCAGGACCAAACCUGCAGUCAAAGCAGAUGACAUCCCAGGAAAGGUGAUCCAUGAGAGGAGUGACAAGUUGGAGGGUUGUGUGUUGCUGCACUGGCCGCAGCCUGCCAUGCCCAACGGACUCAUCCUGAUGUACGAGGUCAAGUUUCGUCUGGGGACCGAGCCUGAGAAACACGAGUGUGUGUCGCGUCAGCAUUACCGUGAGCACAAAGGAGCGCGACUCACUAACCUUGGCUCAGGAAACUACUCUGCCCGUGUGCGUGCCACCUCGCUGGCAGGGAAUGGUUCCUGGACAGAGGGCGUGUUCUUCUAUGUGCCUCCGCCCAAACGAGACGACGCCGUCGCCUUUUACCUGGUCAUCAUCAUUCCCAUCAUAGCGACGCUCUUCAUCGCCACCCUCUCCACCAUCCUCUUCUUUGUGAACAAAAAGAGGAACAGCGACAGGUUGGGGAACGGAGUCCUUUAUGCGUCUGUCAACCCAGAGUACUUCAGUGCUGCUGAGAUGUAUGUCCCGGAUGAGUGGGAGGUGGCCAGGGAGAAGAUCACCAUGCACAAGGAGCUGGGCCAGGGCUCCUUCGGCAUGGUGUACGAAGGUCUCGCCAAGGGCGUGGUCAAGGACGAGCCCGAGACACGAGUGGCUAUCAAGACGGUCAAUGAGUCGGCCAGCAUGAGGGAGCGCAUCGAGUUUUUGAACGAGGCCUCUGUCAUGAAGGAGUUCAACUGUCACCAUGUGGUGCGGCUGCUGGGUGUGGUCUCACAGGGCCAGCCGACCUUAGUGAUUAUGGAGCUGAUGACACGUGGAGAUCUCAAGAGCCACCUGCGCUCCCUGCGCAAGGAAAACACCAACAGCCAGGUCCUGCCCCCGCUCAAAAAGAUGAUCCAGAUGGCAGGGGAAAUCGCUGACGGCAUGUCGUACUUAAAUGCCAACAAAUUUGUCCACAGAGAUCUGGCCGCCAGGAACUGCAUGGUAGCCGAGGACUUCACUGUGAAGAUUGGAGAUUUUGGCAUGACCAGAGAUAUUUAUGAGACAGAUUACUACAGAAAGGGAGGGAAGGGCUUGCUGCCUGUCCGCUGGAUGUCUCCGGAGUCACUUAAAGAUGGCGUGUUCACAACAAUGUCUGAUGUCUGGUCAUUCGGGGUCGUGCUGUGGGAGAUCGCUACCUUGGCAGAACAGCCUUACCAGGGAAUGUCCAACGAACAAGUGCUGCGCUUCGUCAUGGAGGGAGGACUCCUGGACAAACCUGACAACUGCCCUGACAUGCUGUUUGAGCUGAUGAGGAUGUGCUGGCAGUACAACCCCAAGAUGCGUCCGUCCUUCCUGGAGAUCAUCAGCAGCAUCAAAGAAGAAAUGGAUUCCUCCUUCAGGGAAAUGAGUUUCUUCUACAGUGAGGAGAACAAGCCGCCGGACACCGAGGAGCUGGACAUGGAGGUAGAAAACAUGGAGAACAUUCCACUGGACCCUGCAUCCACCAGGCAGCCCUCAGCGGCCGCCGCCCCGUUGUCGGGGUGCACGGGAGGAACACCACCCCCGUCCACCCAGCAGUUAUCCCACAUUCAAGGCCCAAGUACACCAUUACUGGGACCUGUGUCCCCCUCCUCCCCCCGCCCGCUCCCCUCAGGCUUGAUGUCUCCAGGUCAAGCCUUGGACAAACACUCAGGACAUGUUUCAGCCAACGGGCCUGUAGUGGUGCUGCGGCCCAACUUUGAUGACAUACAACCCUAUGCACACAUGAACGGGAGCAGGAAGAACGAACGGGCGUUACCACUGCCCCAGUCGUCGGCCUGCUGAUAUCAGACCAGCCCCUCGUUCUCCUCUUUCACAGGGUAACAAACACAAACCUCUGCUCCGUCUCUUCUGGAGAGAUGGACGAGGUAAGAAAUGACUGGUUUUUUUCUACUGAGUGCCAGUUGAUGGUCUCUCCGCUCCUUUAAGGUCAAGAACUGAAUAAUAACACAGACCUGUUCAAGCAUUUUUGGAGUUAAGUGACUCAACACUGGGGGAACUCCUUCCUGUGCAGCCUGUAUUUCAUUCAUUGAUACAAAAGCAAUACAGGCAGGAAUCCUGAAUCACAGGUUUAGACAUGAACUUUAAAAAAAAGUAUAUCUGCCAGCAAAUCCAACAGAAGAGCACUUUUUUCCCUGGUGAUUUCAGAGAGGAUGUUGUGGAUAUCUGAGUGUGUAUUUAUACUAAAGAAAAACAAAUCCACAUGAUUCUCUCUAUGAUAUGUUUUUUUAAAAUGACUUUCCAUUGAAAAGACUUUAUUUCCAUGAGUCGCCUCGGCUCAUGUCAUGCGAGGACUAAAUAGCUGUUUGAUUUUGUUUUUCUUGUUGAUAUAUUUGUGGGUGUCGAGCCCACGAGGAGCGGGUCACAAUGGAAGAGGGAGGAGUCUAUUGUGUAUCUGCCAAACUGUUGCCAAAUUUUCUACACGUCUCCCUUCCUGUUUAUGGCUGUGAUUCAGAGUCGUUCAGACAAACACACAAUCCAAAGCAGUUCAUUCAUUUCAUUGAAUCGACUGACUCAAUGUCUGUUUGGAAGUCUUAUCAUUAAAUGAUAAUCAACAACAUCAUUUCUUAUUGGUUCCAUCUCCUUGAAUGUGAGGAUUUGCUGCAUUUCCACUGCAUUGUUCCAGGAACUUUAAAUAUGUCAAAUUACACAAGCAACUAGAAAAGAUAUCUUUGGCCAUUCUACACCAGUGGUUCCCAAACAAUGGGGCAGGACCCACAGAUGGGUCAUGGGAGAUUUAACAAUAAACAAAAAAUAGUAAUUGUCCCAACCUUUUACUAAAGAUUUAUGUGUUUAUGUUUAAAAAUAAUGUGCUUAAUGGAGUUUAAUUAAUUUAUCAAACAUCUCUUUGAAUCCCGAUAGUUUAAACGGUGGCUCACUGUAUAGAAAAAGAGGUCUCAAACUCAAAUGACCUGCGGGUCACUGAGCAUCUACGCUGGUCAGUCGACAGUCAAGUGGAAACAAUUCAAACUUUUGGGGGCAGAAGUGAGUUCAGUGUUCAGUAGUGUUGGGAGAUAUGAGCUUAAAAUGAUCAUCAAUAUCAACUUGUCCCCAAACAAGUGAGCUAAGUUUAGUUUAGUUAAGAUUCAUGUGUUAUUUUUUUAAAUAACAUGCAUACAAUUAUGUUUUAAUGAAAACAAAAAAAAAUUAAUUUGUCAAUUCAAAAUGAUAUCAGGUUUUAAAAAUAUGGUCGUUAAUAAGUCGCUGAUUUAUGAUUUAUGUUUAAAAACUGGGUCCACGUGAAGUUUGGGAAACACUGGUUUAAGCUAUUUGUCAUGGACCAAAUUCAAAAUAACUGUGAGUUAAUUCAAUUAAAAGGAAGAUUAUGGCCCCAUAUGUUCAUAUCAUUCAAUUUAUAACAUUUAUAACAAUAAAUGAUGCUGCAAGUGAGUUAAGAAAAACAUGACGUCUUCAUCGCCUUUCACCUUUUAAACAUCACAUGACUAGAGUCAGAGCCAACUCUGAAUCACAGCCCUGACUGUCUUAAUAUAUAUAUAUAUAUAUACAUAUAUAUAUAUAUAUG